UCUAGGUAUGGGAUGCUAAAUUGCAGUGCUAAUGCCAAAAUGGGGCUCGAAGCAGCAAUGCAGUGCCCAGCAAAACAUGGCAGCUCCUGAAACACAGGUCCAUAUCUGCCAUCAAACCUCAAAACACUUUGCUCAGCUGGGCGCUUCACCACGUUGGCAUGAUCCUCAGAGGAACGGGAUUGUGUUGAUGUGAUUUUAUCUUUCAAAGUCUGCCCGGGUGUACACAUACGUUAUAUUCACAAGAAGAGGCCACCAUGAGUCGGACGGCUGCGGCGAGCGGCCGCAGCCUUGCACACGGGUUAGGAGCCCUGAGAGCUCAGAACAGGCUGCCAGUAACUGCCGGGGCCCCAGUCGGUCAGCCGCUUCGUGCGGCGUUCAGCAGUGCUCCCCUCUUGGACAGCAUUCAUCGACGCGCCCAGCAUUCUGUUGUCAGCCACUUCUAUGCGUUAAAACAUAAUAGUUUGUUGGGUGCUGGCCCGCAUUGCGUGCAGAAGAAGCCUCCAUUCGCGCAAUCCAUUUUCCAGAGAAGAGCUUAUUCUAGCAGCAACUCGAAUGUUGGUCAUAAGCGCUCGGCGAAGUCGCCCAUAAGGGCCGGGCAGAGCUCAGGAGCUGCGGCCCAAUACUCCCCUUCGCCGCAAUACUUGCAGCUGGCGCAAAACGUCGCAAAAAAACUAGGCGUGGCUCUGGUCGUCGCCGCCGCGAUCGCGAGCGCUUCGCUCUUCUCCCUUCCGUGGGUACUUUCCACUCCGGCGGGCCUCAAAACCGCGACCGCUAUUUACAGCGCCACCAUCCCUGGCACCGUUUCUGUGGAGACUGCAAAACUAGAAUGGAAGCAGCCCAUACAAAUCAGCGGUGUCAAAGUGAGCGACGAACAGGGAGCUGAGGUGCUGACUGUGAAGCAGAUUGAAAGCGAGGCGAGUCUGUGGGGGAUUGUGAGAGGGAAGCACGGCCUGGGGAAUACUACCGUGCAGGGCUUCAGGGUGGAUUUUGGUCGGGAAGAGACCGGGGGGGAGCCCCGGGCGCUGGCCGCACUGACAAAGCCACAGAAUAAUCGGAGGUCCCCCCUGAGAACGCCCACCGAGACCCCCCUCCCCAAAUCCGCGGACAAGGAGAGACCCGGAGGCUGCGGCGAUUGCUUCCGGGGGGGUGGGGCCAGGCCCAAAAACGGGGGGGGUGUGCCGAUUGUGGCGGCAGCAAGGUCGGAAAAGUUUAGGGGGGCGGUGGCGGGGGCGGUGGACGUGCGGGCGGGGAAGGUGCAUCUGGCGAGGCCAUUAGAGGCAGAUAUUGAAAUCAACCGGGCCACCGGGCAGCUGUUCCUGGCGCGCCUUAACCCGCUCCUGGCCGGGGUGGUGGGCACUCAAAACAGCGGACAGGUCCGGGUGUUUGCGAGCCCACAGGACAUGGUGUUCCCUAGUGACCAGUACAGCUUGAAAGUCGAUCCGAUGACGUUGGUUCUCGGGCGGGGCGACCUGGUGAGCAACGCGCUCGAGUUCCUGGGCCAGAAGGGCCCCGGGAAAACGCUGACCAUGCGGACGUCCGCGAUCCGCGCCACGUGGAACGCCGCCGGACGGGUCGAGGCCGCCCGGACGGACGUCCAGAUCGGCGACAAGGUGCAUCUGAUCACGUGGGGCACGAUGGACUGGGCGCAGGGCAACGUCGACAUGGUUCUUGCGAUUCCUGCGGACACGCUCAAGGUUGCGUUGCGCGUGCCCUCCGUUGCCUCCGGUUACAACCUCCAGUUCCCCUUAACCGGGUCGGUCGAGCGGCCAACUCUGGAUUGGAAGGCAGCCGGGAAGCAGCUGGCCAAGCUGGUGGUCCGGCAGAGGGCCCCUAACGGGUGGGCCGGGAUAUUGCUAACCGACCGGAACGACCACCGGGCACUCCCGGAGCCGCUGGACCCCAUUCCCUGGGCAAAAAGCUGACGUCACUUCGGCAACGCCUUGGAAGUUUGAACGUCUCCUCCCUUGCUGUAGUACGCCGCGGAAGAAGACCGAAACCUUGUCGGACAAAUCUGCAUUGCGAACAGCACGAAAGGCAGAUAGGAUGAGUUGAUACACGUAUGCCAUCGCCUGGAUCAGGUCGAUGUUUGCUUGGUUGCAUGAUGGGAAUUUUAACGUACUGCUUUGGAGUGCUCGCCCGGCCAGCGUGCCAAGAAUGAACAUUAGAAUUGACACAGGACUUGUACUCUGGCAUUUUUUGCUAGCUUGAGGCACGGCGUAUCUGGCGUCCGCGGUUAGAACAGCGAUGCACGUUUGAACGAGCUCUCGAUAUUUUAGUUCUUCGUAGACGAGCUUUUUAUCCUUUUUCUUCGAAAG